AUGCUCUGUCUGUUGGCGCUCUGGCUGGCCAUGCCGGCGGCGCGCUCAGCGGGUGAUCAGCCUGGCGCCCAACGCGACCGAACUCGCCUAUGCCGCCGGCAUGGGCGAUGUGCUGGUGGCGGCGAGCGCCUAUUCCGAUUAUCCGCCGCAGGCCGCCAAGCUGGAACAAGUGGCCUCCUGCAGGGCAUCAAUCUGGAGCGGGUGCUGGCGCUCAAGCCGGACCUGAUCCUCGCCUGGCGCGGCGGCAAUCCGCAGCGCGUGCUGGAUCAGCUCGCUGCGUUCGGCAUCCCGAUUUUCUAUGCGGACGCGACACCCUCGAAGGGAUCGCCGGUUGCUGGACAAGCUGGCGCAAUACAGCCCGCACCCGAGCAGGCGCAUCAGGCGGCGGAAGGCCUUCGCCGCCAGUUCGCCGCUCUCAAACAACAGUAUGCCGCUAACCCAUCGCGGCGUGUGCUGCUGCAGUUCGGCACCCAGCCGCUGUUCACCAGCGCCGGCGCCACAUUGCAAAGCCAGGUGCUGGCGCUGUGCGGCGGGCAGAACGUCUUUGCCGACAGCCGCACCCCUUGGCCGCAGAUCAGCCGCGAGCAGGUGUUGGCGCGCCAGCCGCAGGCCAUCGUCAUCACCGGGGGCGCGAAAGAAGCCGCCAGUGUGAAAGCCUUCUGGCCCCGCAGCUGCAGGUGCCGGUGA